AUGGGGCCAUCAGAUGAUGGCAACCCUCAAGGACCUCCUCCACCUCCAGGCAGCAAUCAGAGGACUCAUCAUCCAGGUGAUGUCAACCCUCAAGGACCUCCUCCACCUCCUGGCUGUACACGGCAUCCUCCGCCACCUCCUCCCCCGCAUGCUCCUCCCAAUGGCCCUACAGGCAGCACUCAGGGGGGGCUCACCAUCCAGGUGAUGCCACCCCUCAAAGACCUCCUCCCCCGCUUGGCCCAACUAGCAGUGCCCUGCGUGCUACUCCCAAUGAACCUACAGGCAGGACUCAGGGGGCUCAUCACCCAGAUCGGCGCGACCACGCCCCCACCCUCGUCGACGCCACCGCACCGGAUCGCCGUCACUGUUGACCCCUCUCCCCUCGCUCCUCCUCCCGAUCCAAUCUGGAUCGGGGCCGACCGCGUCGCCCGUCGCCGCGCAAACCCCGCCGCCACCUUGCCGACACCGCACGGCGCCACCCCGCCAUCGCUGGCGCCCGCCUCCUCAACCCUUCGCCUCAUGUGGAUCCGGUCGGGUCAGCCGAUGCCCCUGACGCCCCACUCCUCGCCGCUCGCCUACGCCGGACCUCCUCCUCUACGUCGCCGUCGUCCCCGUCCUCCUCCCCAAAGACUCCACCGAGCCUCGCCGACCCUCGCCUCUGCAACGCCGGUGAGGCCACGGCCUCCCUCUCCUCUCCUCCCCCUCUCUGUUGCACGUCACCGUGCCUGCACCCCGUUCGCCCCUGCUCGACCCAGCGCACGCCCACGCGCUCCUGUGCGCCCCCGCGCGCGACCCGCGCCAACCAGCCGCAGCCACGGCGCCGGUCGCCCCCUGCUGCCUACACCCGCCGCCGUCUCUGCCCUGCGGCACCUGGCCACGUCCGCCCGGGUCGCCGUCAUCGUCCGGGGCCUCAUCCCACUCCCGCUGCGUCUGCCGUCCGCUGCGGCGGACCUCUCCGCCAACCGCGCCACCCUGCUCCGGCCGUCGGAGCCAGGCCGUGCGCCCGCUCCUUCGCCCGCUGCCCGCGGCGCCUUGUCGGGCUGGCGCUCGUCGCCCGAUCCACCCGGCGCCCGUAACCGUCCGCCCGCUAAGGCGCUUAGGCCUAUGACAUAUGGGACCCACCCCCAGAACGAAAAGAAAAAAAUAGAAGAAUAA